CCAGAUCGCAAGUGUGGCUGAGGUGUGGCUGAGAAACACGGUCGCGUCGCAAGAAAUUGCCUGUCGCAUCCAGCGCAUCCAGCGCAUCGCAGCGCAUCCGACACGCUGUCGCCAACUCCACGCAUCAACAACUAUCGCAAUGCCACCCCGUAAGAGAAACGCCCCGUCUGGAGGCGCUGUCGCCGAAGAGCCUGUUCCCAAAAGGCGCUCCCUUCGUUCAGCGACUCGCAGCCAGGCCCAGCCCACCAAGCUUCAACAGACCGUCAAGGAAGAGGACGUAAAGCCAGAACCGAAGCCAGUCAAGAGCGAGAAGAAACCAGCCAAGAAACCCAAGACCAAGCCGAACCCCAAAAAGGCAUCUGAAAAGACACCCAAGACUGAGAAAGUCGACAAGGCCAUCAAAAAGGACCAGACCGACAAGCCCAACGCGAAGGAAUCCUCGGAGACACCGGAUGUCGAUUCCAUCCCCACCCGCAAUCCCAACGCUCCCAAACACGACGGCGAAUGGUACUGGCUCAUGAAGGCCGAACCAGAGACGCGCAUGGAGAAUGGCAUCGACGUGCGCUUCUCAAUUGACGACCUGCGCGCCAAGGAAAAGCCCGAAGGCUGGGAUGGAAUCAGAGCUUACCCAGCCCGGAAUAAUAUGCGCAACAUGAAUGCCGGCGACAAGGCCUUCUUCUACCACUCAAACUGCAAAGAACCAGCCAUUGUUGGCAUCAUGGAGAUUGUCAAGGAGUUUUCCGAAGACCGAACCGCACGCCAACCCGGGACACCGUACUACGACCCCUCGUCCACCAAGGAAAAGCCCAAGUGGGAUCUCGUGCACGUCGAGUUCCGCAAGAAGUUUGCCGUCAAAAUCGGCCUCAAGGAACUCCGCGAGCUGGGCAAGCCGGGAGGGCCGCUGGAGAAUAUGCAGAUGCUGAAGCAGUCGAGGCUGAGUGUGAGCAAGGUGAGUGGGCCUGAGUUUAAGGCUCUGUGCGAGCUUGCAGACAAGAAAGCCAAGGAUGCUGGGUUGGAGCAUGAGGAAUGAGUCUGGGGUCUUUAUAGUGAGCCAAGGAUGCUCAGAGUUCUAUUC